GCAGCCGGCGAGUGUACAGUUGAUUCCACAAAUUAACAACAAUGGUAUUACGGCUUGGUUCGUGUAUCGUAAUAUUAGUGAUAAGCCUUUGCGAUGUUGGAGUGGCCAAAUUAGCACCUGAUUUCAUUCACCCGUGCAACCAAACUACAAAAGAAUGUCUCGUAAAAGCAACCCAAGAUGCAAUUCCUGACUUUGUGAAGGGCAUUCCUGACCUAGGUCUACCAUCACUGGACCCGUUUGUGAUUGAUAAGCUGGCGAUUCCCUUAAAUGGACUGAAAGUAACAUUUUAUCAAGGCAAAGUAACCGGUUUUCGGAACUGCAUUGUCGACAAUGUUAUAUCAGAGUUGGAAAAACGGCAUUUCGUAUUAGAGUUCCAUUGCAACUUAACCAUAAAAGGCCAGUAUGACGCCGUUGGACAAAUUCUGGUAUUUCCUAUCAACGGAGAAGGUGAUGCUAAAGUGAAACUUACAAAUUUGAGAAUGAAAGUCGACAUCAACACAAAAUAUAUAAAAGACAAUAAAGGUGUAAAUCAUUUCUCUAUAAAGAAUUAUAAAUACACAUUCGAUUAUGGAGAUAAAGUAACAUUCGAUUUACAGAAUUUGUUUAAGGAAAGCAAGGAACUAAGUAAUACAGUUUUAACAUUCUUAAACGAAAACUGGAAGACAGUCGCUGAAGAGUUCGGGAAGCCAAUAGUCGAUUAUGCCGUAGAGCUAGCUAUAAGAACAAUUGAAAAAUUCUUCCUCGUGGUCCCUUACGAGGAAUUAAUUAAUAUACCGAUACCACAGAAUUAAAUAAAUCAGCAAGCUAGUGUAAUUCAUAUAUAUAAUCUGCCAAAGUUAUUCGAUUCCGUGUUUAUACUGAUUCUUUUACCCCUUUGGGUAAAAUUAUUAUAUUAAGACAAUUCAAAUAAAACUUUAAAACGUUUAUAAA